AUGAAUAAACAAAAGAAAUCAAAGCCGUCUUUGCCAACACCCUCUAACAAGAAGUCUCACAAAAAGAAAUCAGAUAAAUACCUUGACAGCUAUAUUAAAGACCAAAUGAAAGAAUCAUUCAAAAUCAGCAAUUUUGAAAAUGAAGAAGGAACAGCUUGGGAACAUGCUCAAAUUUUAGAAGAGCAAGCACGAUUUUGAAAAUGAAAACAAGAAAAAAUGAAAAGGCAGCUUCAUGUUGAUAAGCCUGGCUUAGCUCGCACUCUGACACCACAUCAGGAAGAAUUGAUUUUCAGAAAAUAUGAUAAGGCAAGACUUCUAUUAAAUGUUGAAUUGCCUUCAAAAAACUACUAUAAAAAUCUUCCAGUGAGGUAGCAUGCAUUUUGAUCUUGAUUUUUCUCAGCAGACAUUUUCUCAACACCAUUUGAUCGAAACUUUGUGUUAUCAGAAACGGCAAAAACCAUUAUUCUUGAACCAAAUAUUUAAUAGAAAAAUUUUCGGCCAAAUAGAUAUGAGUAAUAUCUGCAGGGGAUAUCCUAAAAAAAUAUAUGUGCCCCAGUGAAGCCUGGAUUUUUUUUUAUUGAAAGCUUAAUGAAAGCUCCUAGAGUACAUAUAAACACUUUAAGCAUAAAUAUUCCUGAAACUUUGUAUUACACUGAUAAGGUCUAUUACUUAUCAACAGACUCCAAUGGCAAAUUAUCAUGCACAACAGAAAUAAACUGCUUUAGAUACAAAAACAUAAUUUUUAACUACAGAAACCCAAAAGAGGAAAGCGCUUAUGACAAAAUUGCUGUCAUUAUGAGAGGACAUACUGACCACGAGCAAAAUAUGCAGAGAAUAAUCCUUGAUUGAAACCAUUAACAUUAACUUAAAUAUUGAGAAGUUCGCUGUAAUGCCUCGAGGGCCUACCUCCACCCGUAUUGCUUCACUCGGCUGCUCACCACCGACCCACCACGGCCUUCUAAAGUGUUGUUCCUUCUGGACGAGGAUGUGCACUCGCUACCCGAAGUUGGAUGAGUUGCGCCACCGUGCCGUACGCCAACAGAGUUGUCCUUUCAGAAAAUUUGAAAAACAAAAUUUUCUGGUCGAACUCACGUCCAAAAUGAAAAUCCAAAGCCUGGGACGUAACCCCCAGUUUCACGCUAGAGAGUUGCCCGAUGGACCAAGAGGAACCUCAUUGGUGCUGCUGAGCUUCUCCUUUCCAGCCUUGGAAUCCAUUUCCCCUGAGGUAAAAACCUUGUCAUCAGAGUGAACUGCGGUCGACCAAAUUCGACAUUGCGCUCCACUGUGCCAAGGAAACCCUAGCCGGAUAUCUAUACCGAGCGCCAAAUUCCCUUCCACAAGGUCCCCGGGUCCUAGAAGGUCCCCAGCUACAGGUGUUGAGAAAAAGGGCUGGUUCGCAGUCGCCAUUUUAAUAAGUAUAUCCUUGAUUGAAACCAAUUCGAGCUAAAAAUGAUAGGAAAUGAAACAUCUCCAUACUCCAUGCUGCAGCGAUUUAUAAAAUGUACAGGUGCUAGACCAUGCACAAUUCGGCUUUAUUAUUAUGCAAGCCAAAAAUCGAAUAAAGCGAAUUUUGCUUAUUUUAUUAACAGCAUAAAUUCAGAAGAGUUUGAAAUGGAGCCAAAUUUACAAAAAUACGCUUGUGAUACUGCUAAUCCUGAAGGUUUAGAAGUAUUUAAACAAUCAGGAGCAGCUCUACGUCCUUAUGAAACUGAAGCAGAAAAAAUUGUAAUUUAUUUAAAUAAGGGUUAUAAUAUACGAAUUCAAGAGAUUGUCCUGGAUUUUAUAAGAGAUUUGAAUGGUAUUAUCUGAUGUUCCUCCUGCAAAAAAAUAAUUGUUGAUGAAAGUACAAUACCGAAUAGUUUAAAACCUGUCAAAGAGUGAUGGCCAGAAACCCAUCUGCAGCCAGAUCCUGAUAAUAAGCAUAAAAUAGUUCCUCCUCAAGCUAAAGAAAAGACAAAAAAAGUAAACAGUUUUGUGCACUGCAAACUAUGCAAACUAUUUUAUCCUAAUUAUGAGUUGUCUAAUUUAGUUUCAGUAAGAGUACUUUUGCUAUUCAAAAAUCAUGUGACACAGAGAAGAAAGUUGCCUUGAGACACUUCGCAUUUAAAAGUUACUAAUAAUGACUUGUUAUCCCAAAGUGUAAGAAUCUGUGAGUUUUGCUAUACGCUGAUUUCGAGUGAAUUUGAGUUAAUUGAAGCAGAGCAAGCUUUUGCUUCUAUAUUAAGCAUACCUGUUAAAGAAAUUGGAUUUGAAGAGGAUGCAGAUUUAAGUGUACAGCUGCCGUUUUUGCCAAAACAGUUAGCUCAGCUUAGAAUUCUGCUCUAUGCAGUGAAUUUAAUCGAAGUCAGUAAAUUAUCAAGUAUGACCAAGGAAGGCUUUUAGCUUCCCCUGGGAGACCAACUUUCACUCCAAUUCGUGGAGUUGAUUUGGCUCCAAAAGAUGCCAAACCAAAUCCACGGAUUGACAAGUAGCAAAUAUAUACUCAGUAGUCAGAUCGUGGUGUUUUUCGCCCAGGACGAGCUAAAAGCCACCAUGGGCUAUAUAACAAAUUUGCAUAUCCAUUUUUGCUUCGGUGAUUUUGUUACAUCAGCGCAGAUUGCCUGGAAUUCUGAUAAAGAAAAUGAAGGAGUAAUCCCAAUAAAUUUUAUGAGGAUGCAUUAUAUAUUUUAUAACCCAGAAAAAACUCUAUUUCCACCCAUCCUUAUCGAACACAUCGGCAUUAUUCGAUUAAGGAUUUGAUUUAAAAACUUCUGGAUAAAAAUAAUUGAUAGAGUAUAAAAAUAUGAAGAAAUAUGUUAGAAAUCGCAUUAAGAUUGCAUAGGAGCUAUUUCACUACAUAAUUUAUAAGAUUCAUCCUUUCAAACAUAGAUAGUCAGAUUUGAGGUGGAAUAAGGUUUCAUGUCGACAAUAUGGGGGCUAAUUUUUCUAAUUUUAUGAAAUUUUCAUUGUUUCUUUGAUAAAGGAUGGGAGUGUAAAAAAAUUUUUUGAAGAAUUUUGGAGUUGGAAUAAAAAUCACUGAAGGGCCAAAAUAUGAUGAUCCUCUUGUUGCAAAAAGUAAUGGAAAAAUAUUUAAAGACUUCCCAAGCUCUCUACCAUUUGGAAAUGCAUUAUUAGAGAAGAAGCAAAUGGAACUAUUUGAUAAAGAUUGUAACGAACAAUGCAGCCUAACUUUAAUGGUUUGCUUAAGUUACGAUAAAUUAAUGUCAAGUAAAGAUAUCAAAGUCCCUUUAACAAAGAAAUACGAUGUAUAUUUUACUGAAGAUCAUUAUAUGACAAUAGAUACACUGCCUCCUCAAUGAAUGGAACUAUUCGGAAUAAAUGAAAAACUUAACGAAACAUUUGGAAAAUAUUUCGAGCUUGAUGAUUAUUAUUCCCCCCACCUCACAAAAACUGAAAUUUUUAAAAUGAACGAUACAGUAGCUAAACAAGGCAUGAGAACCUUAAGAAGCACAUCUCCAAGCCGAUCAGUGUCGCCUAUAGAAAAAUUUGCUGCAAAAACUGGUAAAAACGAAUAUGCGGGCUUUAUGAGUAGCAAAGAUUUGUCAUUAUUAAGCCCAUCAAAUGAGGAUGUUUUUUCUACUGUUGACGAAUUUUUAUCAAAUCGGUCGAGAAAAAAUUUUGAAUUUAAAAUCAGAAAAAAGCCGAGCAAAUUUUCAACAGCUAGCAGCAAUAAUUUGUCAGGGACUUUUUCAUUUAGAGAGGAUAAGCUGAAGAAAUAUGAUGAAAUAGUCCAGCAGAUGGAGGAUUAUGUUGUAAAAGAAGUGAUGGAGAGGAGAAACCUUUACUUAGGGUCAGGCAAAACUCGUAAAACUGUAAAGAAAAAAGCUACUUUAACGAUACCGACUAAGAGCCGUAAUAUGCUUAUAUAA